AAACAACCGCUUCCGUGUUGAUCUCAGCGGAUAAAUAACAACUGAAGGAUUACACGAACCGGGGAGAAUAUUAUAAUGGUUUUAUAAACUGCUGCAGUAGAAAAGAAUCACUCAUCAAAAUGUCCUCGGCACAAAGUACAAAGAAAAGGGACAAGCGAAUCUUAUCAGGUAUUUGUCCAGAUUUCAAAUGUCAGGCGAGACUGUUCUUCCCAGCUUAUAGCUCAGUUAGCAUUGAAUGCACGGAGUGUGGCCAGCGUCACGAACAGAAGGACCUUUUAAAUGUGGAAGAAGUCACUGACCCAGAUGUCGUGCUUCAUAAUUUACUGAGAAACGCCUUGCUGGACGUUACGGGAGUCCCGAAGAAAAGCACAGAGAUGGUCAAAGUGAUGGGUCUGUCCAAUUAUCACUGCAAGCUUCUGUCACCGAUCCUUACCCGUUACGGGAUGGACAAACAGACGGGAAAAGCGAAACUACUGCGGGAGAUAAAUCAAGGUGAGCUCUUUGACUGCUCGCUGCUAGGGGGGAGAGCUUUUCUUAUAGAACAGGAGCACAUAUCUACAGUUGGCUAUGGUAAGGACAGAUCUGGCAGUCUCAUAUAUCUUCAUGAUACACUGGAGGAGAUCAAGAAAGCCAACAACAACAAAGAAUGUCUCAUUCCUGUACAUGUGGACGGAGAUGGCCAUUGCCUGGUUCAUGCAGUGUCCAGGGCUUUAGUGGGUCGUGAGCUUUUUUGGCAUGCCCUAAGGGAGAACCUCAAGCUCAGUUUCAAACAAAAUCUGGAUCGGUAUAAGGCUCUUUUUCAAGACUUUAUUGACACUGCAGAAUGGGAGGACAUCAUCAAUGAAUGUGACCCAUUGUUCGUACCUCCAGAGGGUGUCCCUCUUGGAUUGAGGAACAUACACAUAUUUGGCCUAGCCAAUGUCCUGCAUCGUCCCAUAAUCCUGCUGGACUCCCUGAGUGGCAUGAGGAGUUCGGGUGACUACUCAGCCACGUUUCUGCCAGGCCUGGUGCCUGAGGAGCAUUGCAGAGGAAAGGAUGGCUCUCUCAACAAGCCUAUCUGCAUUGCCUGGAGCAGCUCGGCCAGGAACCAUUACCUCCCUCUAGUGGGUAUUAAAGGAAUGCUGCUUCCAAAGCUGCCCGCAGCACUGAUUCCAAAGGCUUGGGGUGUUCCACAGGAGCUGAUCUAUAGGUAUAUCAGUCUGGAAGCCUGUGGGGGCUGUGUUAUCGGGGGAGAUCGAAGCCUGCAGGAGAAAUACCUCCUCCGCUUAGUUAGUGCCAUGGAGGAUGUGUUUAUUGGAAAACAUGCCAUCCAUCCUGCGCUGGUGGCUGAUGUUCAUCAGUAUGUUUACCGUCGAACAGGGGUGAUUGGCAUCCAACCAGAAGAGGUGACAGAGGCAGCCAAAAAAUUGGUGCAGGAGAAUCGUCUUCACCGCUGUCUGAUUUGCAGUGCUCUGUCUGAACUCCAUGUUCCCCCUGAGUGGUUAGUGCCUGGUGGAAAACUCUACAACCUUGCUAAGUCUACACAUGGCACUCUCCGUGGAGACAAGAACUACACCUUCCCGUUGAAUAACUUGGUAUGUUCCUACUGCCCUGAGAGGGAUGCGCUGGUUCCUGACUACAAACUCAGUUCACUAUCUACCUGCUCCUGGUGCCACAGAAACUCUGUGCGGCAUGUCCGUGGUGAUGGUUCUAUAGUGUACCUAGAUGGGGACCGUACCAACACACGCUCACAGGGUGGUAAGUGUGGUUGUGGCUUUAAACAUUACUGGGAAGGAAAGGAGUAUGACAACUUGCCAGAGGCAUUCCCCAUUACCCUUGAGUGGGGUGGGCGUGUAGUCCGUGAGACUGUCUAUUGGUUCCAGUAUGAAUUAGACCCAGCGCUGAAUAGCAAUGUCUACGAUGUAGCAAUGCGCCUUGUCACAAAGCACUUCCCAGGAGAGUUUGGCAGUGAGAUUCUAGUGCAGAAGGUGGUGAACACUGUUUUGCACCAUACAGCAAAAAAGAACCCGGAGGAGUACCAUCCAGUGGCUAUAGAGGGUGCUCACAUGCAGGGCCAAGGGCAAGGGGGUGGACAGGUGGUGGAGUUGGAUGCGAACCCUCCCCAAAAGAUUAUAUUGACAGGCCAGAAGGGCCGCACUUUACAUAAAGAGGAACUGGUGAUGAGCCAAGCAGAGAGGAGUCUGCAACAUAAGAUUAGUGAGCAGGCAGCUCUGUCCCAACGCAGACGCACACAACGUCAGCAGAUGCAAGACCAGAGUGCAGAGCCUCGUUCUGCCUCCCCUGCCCCCUUCUCCUCAGCUCCACCCACACCCACUAAAGGCUUGACCCCUAGUGGGCAGAAGAAGAUCCGGGUGACAACCAGUGAUGGGCGGCAGGCAACGCUGCAGCUGCAAGCCAAUAAUACCUAUGCAGAGCUGCAGGAAGCCAUCACCCAAGCCUUCAACCUACAGCCCCACCAACAGUGUAUCCGACACGGCUUUCCUCCCCGGGAACUUCCCCCACCACCCCCCGAGCAUCAGGACCUGCCUGUGGCCCUGCAACACGGAGAUCGCAUCACUGUGGAAGUGCUCAAGGAGAGUGUCCCAGACACACAAAUACAUACUCAUACCCCAAUGGAACCUUGGCUCAGCAGAACCAGCAGCCGAGAGAUACAAGACAGUGUUGAUCUGGAGAUGUCAUCACUCUGUCUCCUUGCAACACUUAUGGGUGAGGAUGUUUGGUCAUAUGCUAAGAAGUUACCUCAUUUGUUUCAGCAAGGAGGAGUCUUCUAUAACAUUGUAAAGAAAGAUAUGGGUCUGUUGGAUGGGAAGCACUGCACUCUGCCACACCUGACUGGUAAGACAUUUGUGUUUAACGCAGCAGAGGAGCGUUUGGAACUGUGUGUGGAUGCUGCUGGCCACUUCCCAGUGGGCCCUAAUGUGGAAGAAAUUAUUCAAGAAGCACUGUCCCAACUGUGUUCUGAGCCUCCUUCUCGUAACCGUGAGGGAAGCCCUGCUCAUGGCCUUAAAUUGGGCAGUGGAGGGGUGGUGCGCAAAAAGGAGCAGACUGUUACUGCUUUCCAGGGCAAAGGUCAUUCCCUGGGCUCCACCUCACAUGAGCACAAGCCAAUCAGGCGAGAACACAGCAAUGGAGUGGACCUGAGUGCCAGUGUACAGGAGGAGGGGCUAGCACGGUCAAGGGAAGAGCUGGUGCGUGUGGCUCCGGGCAUGCUCACCCUGCGUGAAGGGUGUCGAGAAUUAGAAUUAGAGCCCACAGCGAUUGAGGCUCAACGGCGCCGUCUACAGGAGAUGGUGUCAAAUAUACAGGCCUCUAUGGACAAACACUUACGGCAACAGACAACAGCUAGCACCACUACUAAGCAGAAUGAAAAGGAGGAAGAUCUAGAUGAGCAAGAUGAAACAAAGAGCCAAGGGGCAGAGUCUCCAAGCAUCUCUGAGCCCAUGGACCAGUCCUUAUGAUGUCCUUUUUCACAUACAAAUUGUGCACAUUUACUUACCCAGUGAUCCUAUUAACCAAUUACUGUAUGUGUGAGGUUCCCAAAUGCAUUCCUGAGUAAUUGUCAUAAGGAGGCUGGAGUUGAGCAAAGGUGCUGGUAAAAAAAAUGUGCUUUCUCCAUAUAUUGCAACACGCACACACACUUAACAUGCUUUACAUAGACACUUAGUCAGGAGCACACAGUAAGGCUGAAGAGGUUGUGUGUACUGACAGUAUGUAGAACCAAGUGCAUCUGAUGUUCAAUACACAAAGCCUUCUGUAGCAGUUUAUACUCUUAAAUCGGCUACAAAAUGCAUUUACCCAGCCUCAGAUAUAGAUAGUUGGGUGAUUUGUUAGUUUGCUGUGAACAUAAAGGGACUCCUACUUGUCUUAAUGUAGUUCAGAUGCAUCAUUCAAAGAUAAUGCCGUGCUGAUCAUAUUUUACAACUGGCUUAUGUUUGUGUUUGCACAGUGAUACUGUUGGUAGGGUAUGGUCUAUACCUCUAUGGACUGUGGUAUUUUCUUCAGAUUAAGCCAUGUGUGGAAUAAAUAAACGGUGUCAAUAGGAACUCUCCACUGGAUACCGCCACUUACCUAUUUUUGUGACCAGGUUAGAACUGCCUUUUCUUGGUAUUCAAAAGUCAUAGUGAUAGAAAACUGUUGACAAAUAUAAAUUGAAGGAAUUUCUGUUUAAU